GAGCCGCCUCCUCCUCUCUGCCUGGUCCUCCCGCAGGGCCCCGUGGAGGCGGGCGGGGACCGCGACCCGCGGCAGCGGCCGGAGGAGCGGGGCGGGGCGGGACGCGCCGCGCCGGGAGCGGAGUGGGAAAGAGGAAGUGGAGCCGGGCGAGCUGCAGGGCUCGGGGCCGCCGGAGCCGGCGCUGGAGCGCAGCGCACCGCGGAGCCAGCGCUCGGGAGCCGCCCCUCUCCGGUAAGCUCGGCCGGGACUAUUCCAGGGACCAGACAAGGGAAGCCGGGGACCUGGGCCACACGCGCCCCGAAUCUGCAGGUGAGGACUGAUAUUAGGAGUUGGGAAGACAUCAGAAAAGUGAGCUUUAACUAUAAAGCAGAUGGACAUCACCAUUUGCAACUGAAAGUGCCAUCAGCUGUAAGUCGAGUUCCUGAUCCAAGGACCACUGCUGAACCUUCUCAGGCCCCAGAACCAACAACUAUGGAGCUUUCCGACAGUGACCGACCCAUCAGCUUCGGCUCCACCUCAUCCUCAGCCUCCUCUAGGGACAGCCAUGGUUCCUUUGGCAGCAGAAUGACUUUGGUUUCAAAUAGCCACUUGGGCUUAUUUCACCAGGAUAAAGAAGCUGGGGCCAUAAAGCUGGAGCUGAUACCAGCCCGACCAUUUUCCAGCAGCGAACUGCAGAGGGACAAAUCUGCCGGACCACAAAACAUGGAUGGAGUCAGCGAGAAGCAGCCUAGGACUCCAUGGAGAGUGGACACGAAUGGGGCACCGCAAACCACAGCAGACUCGACCACCAGCCCCAAGGUCCUCUACGUGGAUAGAGUUGUACAGGAAAUCCUGGAGACGGAGAGGACCUACGUGCAAGAUCUAAAAAGCAUCGUGGAGGAUUACCUGGAAUGUAUCCGGGACCAAACCAAACUUCCCCUGGCGACCGAAGACAGGGCUGCUCUUUUCGGAAACAUACAAGAUAUCUACCACUUCAAUAGUGAACUUCUUCAAGAUCUGGAAAACUGUGAAAAUGAUCCUGUGGCCAUAGCAGAAUGUUUUGUGUCCAAGAGUGAAGAGUUCCACAUUUAUACCCAGUAUUGCACCAACUACCCAAGGUCUGUGGCCGUGCUGACUGAGUGCAUGAGGAGCAAGGUGCUCACCAAGUUCUUCCGGGAGCGCCAGGAAACUCUGAAACACUCACUACCCCUAGGGUCCUACCUCCUAAAGCCAGUUCAGCGGAUUCUCAAAUACCAUCUCCUUCUUCAUGAAAUAGAGAAUCACCUUGAUAAGGACACGGAAGGCUACGAUGUUGUGCUGGAUGCUAUAGACACGAUGCAGCGAGUGGCCUGGCACAUCAAUGACAUGAAACGGAAGCAUGAGCAUGCUGUCCGCUUGCAGGAGAUCCAGAGCUUGCUAACUAACUGGAAGGGGCCUGACCUCACCAGCUAUGGGGAGCUGGUGCUUGAAGGAACCUUCCGCAUCCAGAAGGCCAAAAAGGAGAGGACUCUCUUUCUCCUGGACCAGCUGCUGCUCAUCACAAAAAAGAGAGAUGACACAUUUACAUACAAAGCUCACAUCCUGUGUGGCAACCUCAUGCUUGUAGAGGUCAUACCAAAAGAACCGCUUAGCUUCAGUGUCUUUCACUACAAGAACCCCAAGCUUCAGCACACGGUUCAGGCCAAAUCCCAGCAAGACAAACGUCUCUGGGUUCUGCACCUGAAGAGACUGAUUCUGGAGAACCAUGCAGCAGCAGCAAAGAUCCCGGCUAAGGCCAAGCAAGCAAUUCUUGAAAUGGACGCCAUCCACCAUCCAGGCUUCUGUUACAGUCCUGAGGGAGAGAUGAAGACACCAUGUGGUUCUGCACCACAUCGGCUGAGACGGAAAUCAGAACCUUCCUCAAGAACACACAAAGUGUUGAAGACCAGUGAAACUGCACAAGAUAUCCAGAAGGUUUCUAGAGAGGAAAGCUCUUCCCAGCUGACUUCUACCAUACCUGCCCAGAGGAACCACCAACCCGGCAACACUGCAGUUAUCAAUAUGCUUCGCGGGGGAGGUGGUGUUAGAAGCCUGUGGACGGAUCACCACAUCCGGCAGCCCUUGCUUUCAAGCCGCCGAUCUCCACAGGAGAAUGAGGACGAUGAUGAUGAUUACCAGAUGUUCGUCCCAUCCUUUUCUUCCUCAGAUCUCAACUCCACCAGGUUGUGUGAAGAGAACGCUUCAAGUCGGCCUUGCAGCUGGCAUCUGGGACUGAUCGAGCCCACAGAGAUCUCCAGCUCUGGUCACAGGAUAGUCCGACGGGCCAGUAGUGCGGGUGAAAGCAACGUGUGCCCUCCUGACGUAAGAAUUAGGGGCAGUGAUGACUCUCAGUACUGUCCCGGGAGAGAACUGCAGAACACUCCUCAACCGGGAGGAGAGGGAGGGAUGACUCCCUUUGGGUCAUCUGUAGAAUUGACUAUUGAUGAUAUAGACCAUGUCUAUGAUAACAUAAGUUUUGAAGACUUAAAGUUAAUGGUUGCUAAGCGGGAUGAAACUGAAUGCUCUUUCUCCAAAUCAUCCAGAGACUCUGUUCGCCCCAAGAGCACCCCAGAGUUAGCCUUCUCAAAGAGACAGGCUAGCCACAGUACAAGCUCUCUCUACUCAAAGAAAGAGGCAGGCCCCAGUGGUCAAGAGGCAUCCAACCAAAGCAUACAUGAACACCAGGAAGUGGAAGAAAACAUCUAUGACACCAUAGGGCUUCCGGACCCACCACCGCUGAACUUUAAGCAGCCCAAAAGGAGUACCUUCCUGGGUCUGGAAGCUGACUUUGCGUGCUGUGACAGCCUAAGACCCUUUGUCUCCCAGGACAGCCUCCAGUUCAGCGAGGAUGACAUGUCUUACCACCAGGGACCCUCUGAUACCGAUUAUCUGAGUUUGUUAUAUGACUCUCCUCGCUGUAACCUGCCUAUCGCAGAUAAGGCCCUGUCGGACAAAUUGUCGGAAGAAGUAGAUGAAAUCUGGAACGAUCUGGAAAAUUACAUCAAGAAAAACGAAGACAAAUCGAGAGACCGUCUCCUCGCAGCCUUUCCCGUGAGCAAAGAUGAUGCACCAGAGAGGCCAUAUGCCGAGAGCACCCGUGAGCUGAGCAGGGAUACAGGACACGCCACAUCUAUGCUGGCCCUUCCUGGAAGCCAGGCUUUCCUCACGCCUGGAAAAAACAGGGUUGUCAGAGCUAGCAGGGCCAACCGCUCCCUGGAUGAUGAUCUUAUUUCAACAGAAGGCUCCUUCCUGAGUCUUAACCAACUCUCUCUGGCCAGUGACGUGCCUUCUGUGGAUAAUCCCUAUGACCUGGCCGACUGCAGCCUGCCCCAGACAGACCCGGAAAACCCUGACCCUGGGAUGGAGGUCACAGACAAGACCAAGAGCAGGGUCUUUAUGAUGGCCAGGCAGUAUAGUCAAAAGAUUAAGAAGGUAAAUCAGAUUCUGAAAGUGAAAAGCCCAGAGUUGGAGCAGCCACCAUCCAGUCAGCAGAGGCCCAUUCACAAAGACCUGGUGGCCAUCUUAGAAGAGAAGAGGCAAGGAGGGCCUGCCAUUGGUGCUAGGAUCGCGGAAUAUUCCCAACUGUACGACCAGAUUGUGUUCAGAGAGACACCCCUUAAAGCUCAGAAGGAUGGCUGGGCCAGCACCCAAGAACCUACCCUCCACAGGCCUGCAUCACCUCCCCAGGCCCAGGGCACUGGUGAGGACUGGCUUUGGCAUUCGCCCUACGGUAAUGGAGAGUUGGCGGAUUUCUCUCCCCAGACAGAACAAGACUCAAGAUCAAAAUACCCCAUCAUGUUAGAGAGCAUCACAAAAAUUAGGCCCAGGCAGUUGUCGGCCACUUGUUCGGUGCCUUCUCUCCAAGUGUCAGACCCUCCGCUGGGCUCUGUGCAGCAGAGGUGCAGCGUGGUGGUCAGCCAACCCCACAAAGAGAAUUCAGGUCAGAGUCCUCUUUACAACUCGCUGGGUCGCAAAGCAAUCGGCGCCAAAACCCAGUCUUAUAGCAGACCUCAGUCAUCUUCCUCAAUCUUGAUAAACAAAUCUCUGGACUCCAUCAACUACCCCAGUGAGAAGCAGCUGCUCUCUUCACAAAAAAGUCCCAGAGGUGCGAGCCAGCAGGACUUGCUGUCAGGGCUGGCAGACUCAUGUCAACAGGACACUGGCAAACGGUCUGAUCUCACACUCCAAGAUUCACAGAAGGUCCUGGUAGUGAAUAGAGGUUUACCCUUAAAUGCUCAAAUAGCGACACAGAACUACUUUUCUAAUUUCAAAGAGACGGAGGGAGAUGAAGAUGACUAUGUGGAAAUCAAGUCAGAAGAGGAUGAAGUGGGGCUGGAUCUCUCCCCAAGACGGGGCAGGAAGUCUGACCCAAAGAUCCUGGACCCUGACUGUUCGGAUAACAUCUAUAGCCACAGCACACCUUACUCUUUGAAGGAACCAGUGAGUGGCAGGCUUGGGCUUCCACCUUACCUGACAGCUUGUAAGGACUCUGAUAAACUGAGUGAUUAUCUGUGGAGGGGGCCGUCACCCAGUCAGCAAAACAUUGUCCAAUCUCUGAGGGAGAAAUUUCAGUGUCUUAGCUCAAGCAGCUUCGCCUAGGUUUCUAGAACUGUCCAAAUUAGCUCCUUAGGCUUGCAAGCUACCAUACGAAUGAGGUUGGUUUUGCUGUAUUGUUUUUUUUUUUAAUAGAUAUACCAGUUUAAAACAAUUUUUUAAUAACAAGAGGGUGAAACGUGCUUUCGUUUACAGCACAACUCUUUGAGCUGGCUGAUCAUGAUAUUUAGCCCUUCCCCUCCCCCAUAUCCUAACAGUAGCCCCCACUCUUAGAAUACCUUCUCCCCACAUCCCAAGGAGUUUUAUACUGUGACUCAGAGGCACCACAAGUGAGUCUUUCUCAUGGUUUUUAAAAAGACAGACUAGAGUUAUUUAAAGAAUCAUGCUUAUAUGUGGCAUCUCUAUAUUUGUGACAAGACUCAAGAAUGAUGCAUGCCAGAGACCGCUGGUUAGACUGUGGCCUCGUCACGUAUUUUAAGGAUUCCAUGCUGGUGUCCCAAUCACAUUUCCUUUAGCUGUCAACAUGCUGUGACUAUUGAAGAGGUUAAAAUGUAGCCCUACCACCAACUUGUUAUUGGGGGGAAAAAAAAGAAAGAAAAGGUUUUUACUUGUGUUCUAAGACAAGGCCCAGAUGGUGUGACACUACUUAUAUUCUACAGUUUCUGGGGUGAAAUAAACUAUUUCUUUCAUGGUGUAAAGAAAGCCAAUCUUAAUUAAAAUGCAAGCCAAGUUGAGUAUUAGAUAAGAUAGGGAGACUUCUGGAAACACCCUAUUUCUUCAUAUUACAAGUAAAGGAGAAUCGCCCCUGUAAAAACAACAGGAGAAGACCUGUAGACACCUGUCUCCUAGCGAUACAGAGUGAAUCUUCAGUUAAAACAAGACAGAAUGCAUUUAAAUGACCCAUCUAGAGCAGUUCUUCAUAGACACUUUCCUGGCCUUGAGGUUCAACUGAAUGCCCUACUUGAGAAGUCCUGGCCACAGUAAUGGGCAAGAGUGUGAUAACCAGCCAAACAGUGGAUAACCCAGGGCCUCUCAAUGUUUUGGAAUAUACAGAAGAACAGAGACUCUGGUCGCUGGGUUCUGACUAGUAACCUCCCAUACCCUCUACUUACAGUCUCUCACAACACUUGACUGUGAUGACAUACCAAUCUAACUCCUUGCAGAUAGGAAGGAAAGAUGAAAAGCAAGGUGUUGUGAUUCAAAAGAAAAAGAGAGAAAUGUGCAAGCAUCUUAUUGAAGGCCCCACGAGUGCACUCAGAAUAUGUUCUCCAUUUCUGCUCCCAUUUUACACCAUGGAACAUUCAGGACUCUUCCCUCACCCUCUCAGUCUCAAUUUUAACAUUUCUUUUUAUUAGAAUUAAAACAAUCUGUUCCAUUUAAAAAAAAGAUCUGACAGUAAGCGUGGAGAAAGAUGCCUGAUAAAUAUACUUUUUCUAGUCAAUAAACAAACCCUGAGUGUCCCAAACAGUGUGUGUAUCAUCUGCUUCCACAUCCUUGGCUACAGGGCUGCAUUCUACUUUGUGGUGUUCAAGUGUCUUUGGAUUAGACAGGUGAGAUUCUUUCCUGAUUUUGCUAAGAGACUUCUUCGGGGCCUCAUAACGAGUAAGACGUGUAUUCUGAUCUUGUAUUUCGUACUUGCCUGACAGAUGUGCGUUAUCCUGUUAUUUUUGGGUAACAAUGUUCUCUGCAAAAUCUGUAAAAAUCUGUUACAUUGCUACAUGGCUUCUGGCAAGGCACUUGUGCAUAUCUUGUAGCUUUGCAUUAAACGUUUCUGCAAAAUGUAGAGAAUUGUUAGAUUUUGUUUUAAUAUAUUUGGUUGCAACAUAUCUUGCAAAAUGAUACAUCAGGUGAAUAAACUUAGGACCACCAGGAGACAUAAGCAAUGAGCCAACAACUUGAGAAAAACGACUCCCACAUUCAGCAGAAAUCUCUUACCAGCAAUGUUUCCGGAAUUCCAUGUCAAGUUUUUGGUUAAAUGGAGGCUAGCAACCUCUGAAAACUUCUUUGGCAAGAGACUCAUCCAAUGUUUUAAACAAAAAAAUAAGAAACUAUAUGAAAGGCAUCACGGUUCAGUUUGUCAAACAAAGUGUGCGUGCUGCACCAUCUUCCCGCCGAACAUGAUACUGGAACUCGGAUCCAAACCUGGUGCCUGCAGGUACAUCCAAAGAUGCUGCUUCUCGAAAGCGGAGCCCCUGGCUGAGCUCAUGCUUUCCACAGGCAUGGCGACUGUGACGGAGGAAAAUAAAGGCACCGAAAAACGUGAGGACUCUUGGACCCCUUCUACAGGCAGCCCCUCGGUUGCGGCUGUCUCUCCCACCACAAAAGGCUGAACGCGCCCAGGAAAACAAGACAGUGACUGCAGAGCUACAUGCAAACCAAGACAUGCCACACCCACCCUCCAUUUGGGAAGAAUACACUGCAGGGAUGCAGGCACUCCCUGACUCUUAUCCAAGAUAAGUUUCCUGACUUUUUUUUUCUUUUGAGUCUGUAUGACCCACAUUCCAACACAGUUCAUGUUAUUGUUCUGAGUCUCAGAAAUUAGUAAUUCUUCACACCAGUGUUUUGUUGCAAGGUUUGGUGUCACCUGCAAGGGGAAUGUCAUGUUGUACAAAAUGUCUUAUGUACAUGGUUCUUGAGGUUCUAGGAUAAAUCUGUAGCUUUAUUGAUCAUGUCUGUGGACCAGGCUUCAGACUUUGAGAGCCUGUGUGUGUGUGUGUGUGUGUGUGUGUGUGUGUGUGAAUGCGCACGCGCACUCGCGUGCUCAAGUGUGUACCUAGAUGCUCCCUCAAUGUUAUCAGGUCAGUGCUUUUGUUUAAAAUAGUUCCUUCUGAAGGUGGGGUGGGGAUGUAUAUAACUGGGAACGUUUUAUGUACUUAAAUGUUCUUACUGGGUUCCUGAACUGAAGGUUCCAAUUUUUCUUUUUUAUGUAAGUUCACUUUUCACCUACUUUUUUUUCUUCAUGGGGGGAAAGCAAUGCAUCUUGAAAAACAUAGUUUAAAUACUGUAUAUAAGACAAGGAAACUCAGUAAUGCCCAUUAUUUAAUAAAGUUUGUAAAGUGGAAA